AUGUCUGGUGAUAUUGUUGUUAGAGAUGUAACAAGAAUUGAACGUCUUGGUACUCAUUCUCAUAUUAAAGGACUUGGAUUAUUACCUAAUUUGGAACCAUUAAAAGAAGGUGAUGGUUUGGUUGGGCAGAUGAAAGCUCGUCGUGCAGCAGGACUUAUUGUUCAAAUGAUUAAGCAAGGAAAAAUAGCUGGGAGGUCAAUACUUAUAACAGGUGAACCAGGAUCUGGAAAAACAGCUCUUGCAAAGGGUAUAUCUGCUUCAAUAUCAGAGGAUGUACCAUUUGUAUCAAUAACAGGAUCUGAAGUCUAUUCAAUGUCUAUGAGGAAAACAGAAUUCUUAAUGCAAUCAUUUCGUAAAGCAAUUGCGGUACAUAUAAAAGAAGAAGCAGAAGUUUUACAGGGUGAAGUAACAGCACUAAUAAUUGAAAGACCAGCAAAUGGUAUAGGUGACAAAACUGGAACAAUAUCUUUGAAGACAACAGAUAUGGAGAGUGAAUAUAAAUUGGGAUCAAAGAUGGCUGAAUCAUUGUUUAAAGAAAAUGUUGUUGUUGGUGAUGUAAUAAUGAUUGACAAAUCUAAUGGAACUGUAACAAAACUUGGAAGAUCUUAUACUCAUCAAGGUGAUUAUGAUGCUGUUGGAUCGCAGUUCCGUUUUGUUCAAUGCCCCAGUGGAGAGAUUCAAACAAAAAAAGAAACUGUUCAUAAAUUGUCAUUACACGAAAUCGAUGCACUUAAUUCUUCUAAAGGUGGUUACAUGUCAAUAUUUAGUGGUGAUACAGGUGAAAUAAGCGAUGAAGUGAGGAAACAAAUAACUAAAAAAGUUAAUGAAUGGAAAGAGGAGAAGAAAGCUGAUAUUAUUCCUGGUGUCUUAUUUAUUGAUGAAGCUCAUACUCUUGAUCUUGAAUGUUUCUCAUUUAUUAAUUGUUGUUUAGAAACAGAAAAUGCUCCAAUAUUAAUUAUGGCUACCAAUAGAAAACAUGGUUUGGUUAAAGGAAGUAAUAUAACUGGUCCUCAUUGUUUACCAACAGAUUUGCUAGACCGUUGUCUAAUUAUUAGAACUGAAGAAUAUAAUCGUGACGAAAAAGUAAGUAUUGUUAUGUUGAAGGCAAAAACAGAUGAUAUUGAUAUGAGUGGUGAAGGUGUUGAUAAAAUUCUUAGAACAAUAUGUGCCAAGAAUAGUCUUCGUUAUGCAAUUAAUGUUAUUACUUUAGCAAGUCAAUUGAGUAAAAAGAUAAAGGAAGAAAAGUUAUCCAAGGAUGCUUUAACCAGAGCUUUCACUUUGUUUAUUGAUCCUGAAAGAAGUGCUUCUACUUUAAUUGGACGUGCUAGUGAAUACAUAAAUGAAUAA